GGGGGAAGCCUGGAUCCACGUGUUUUCAAGGCUGUCGGCCCUGCCCUGCCCCUGGCUCUCAGUUCCCUUGAAGCCAGACAGGGAAGUACAACUACUUUACCCUACCUUUCCCACAUGGGCUAAGGAGCGUGUUAACCCCCUGCUGUCUCCUGCUCCCAGUCUUUUCUGAAGCACUAGCUUGUAAAGAAAAGGAAGUGGCUGCAGUUACUGAGGAAAACAUGCCGUUAGUGCCAGAGAAUCAACUGUCUGGUUGGGAAGAAAUCACCUGGAGAGUGAGACUCAGCUCUAGAAAGAUGUAUUCGAUUGUGACAUUUUCUAGUAGUGACAGUGUCGUGGACAUCAACAUAGCCUCCCCGUUAGGCAGGAGAAUCGCCUUCCAUCCCGGGAAUCUCUCGCUCCAGAUUAAGCUGGUUAAGAAGUCGGACAGCGGUGUCUAUUCCAUGGAUGCAAUAUCUGCAUCUGGCAGACUCGAUACCACCUGCUUCCACGUGCCUGUGUUUGACCAAGUCCGGCAACCCAACCUCACAGCACUCUCUGCUCACUCAGAGCUUGGAAAGUGCAACGUGACCCUGUCCUGCCACGUCCCAGCUGCUGACAGAGCCACCUACAGCUGGUCCCGAGGUGCAUCCUGGAGCCCAGCCAGAGAGGACCAGCAGCUCCCAGGGCAUCAAUCCCAGCUGCAGCUGGAGAUCACUGCGGGCAGCAACAACACCUUCUAUCACUGCAAGGCCAGCAAUGCAGCCAGCUGGGGCACGGCCACCAUCCAUGUCAAACCUCUGUGCAACUUCCCAGCCACAGGCAGGAACACUGCCUCAUCCACGCUCUGGCUGGCGGCUGAUUCUGCGGUGACUCUCGGGAUCUUCCUGCUCCUCCAUAACUUGCAGUCUGGGCCCAUACAGGGACAGAUUAGUCAAAGGAAAAAGGAUUCUGACCCAAUCCAGAGGUUGAUAGAAAUGGAUGAAGGACUUGCUGGAUUGCUGGAAAGUUUUCAGCUCAGUCUCCCCACCUGGAUGCCAGUUGGGGACCCUGCUGCACCUGUCGCAGGAAGAUAAUGGGGCUGCUCACACACACAUGGCCAGGGAAAUGGGGGACUUCUCACUCAGAUUAGCAGGCACCACUCCAGGAGCACCUGGGAGAAAUAAACCUUGCAAGUUUAUCGCAGAUAGACUCCUUGAUGAAUUUUUCUAGGAUUUUCCCUAAGAUGGAAGUUAGGCUAAUUGGCCUAUAGUUACCUGGGUCCACCCUUCUACCCUUCUUGUGGAUGGGAACAACAUUGGCCCUCUUCCAGUCCUCAGGGACUCCUCCAGAGCAGCACAAGUUGUGGAAGAGUUUUGCCAGGGGUUCCACAAUGAUUUCAGACAGCUCCUUGAGCACGCUCAGAUGAAGAUCAUCCAGUCCCACUGACUUGUAUAUCUCUAAUUUUUUUAAUUGCUCAUACACCAAUUCUAUGACAAUAGUAGGAAGGCGAUUAUUCCUACCAUGCUCAUCCUGUACUCUACCUGGUGUUGUUUUCCUCUUGGUCCGGUGAAAGACUGAGGUGAAAUAGUCAUCCAGGAGUUCAGCGUUCUCCUGGGUACCGGUAACCAGCUCUCCGGGUUCCAGAGGCUGUUAGCUGCAAAUGGUGGGGGCACUUCCCCUCUGAGUACAGCACGCAUGAGCUAUAAUGAGUCAUACUGCGGUGUUUCAAUGAGAAGUUAUUAAAGGAGAAAAAAAUACUUCCUUUCAACUGUGAAAAUGGGCUUAUUUAGUUGGGAGAAGAGAAGACUGAGGGGGGAUUUAAUAGCAGCCUUCCACUCCCUGCAGGGUGGUUGCAAAGAGGAUGGAGCUGGACUGAUCUCAGUGGUGGCAGAUGGCAGAACAAGGAGCAAUGGGCUCCAGUUGCAGCAAGGGAGUCUGCCCUUGCAUCUGUGAAAUGAGUUUGGAAGCCAGGGACUCCCCGACCUGCCCAGAAAGGCCAUUCAACUCCCUGCUCUGAAUGCACUGGGUCCUUGCAUGGCAAUGGUGGUGCUGGAUAGGUGAGCAGCUUGGGACAGGUAUGGACACCCCCCUCGUCCUGCAGGCACUCUCCUCCAGCCCAGUCCCAGUGUAGAGCUGUUCUACCUGCCUUGCCUCUUCCCACAGCAUCAUCACAUGCUGCCCCACUGCCUCCAACUAGGCUUAAGCAUGUUUAACGCCAGCCACAGGCUCGGGGUGCUUCCCGGCUGAGACUGUGCUCCAGUCUAUGGGGCCUUGGAGCCUGUUCUGGUGAGAGGCACAGGAUGGAGCCAGUUCCCUCUUCUGUCUGAGCUGCACCGUGUAAGUGUGUCAGACAGCCAUGAGCUCCACACACAUGGGGCAAAGCUCCAGCAGGAGCCAAAGGUGCUGGUGGAUGCUGGGUUUCUAUGGCUGAGGUGCAGGACAGAGCUGCUUGCCCAGCUGCCUUCAGGGGAGGUGUUCCUGAGACGUACAAGGACUAAGAGGACACAGCCUCAGCAUCGGUCCUGCUUCACUACCUGGCAAGCUAUACAAAAAUCAGUGAAGCCAAGGAACCAGCAGCCACCAUUGCUUUAUGCAGAUAAACCUGCAUGGACUUCAGGCAUCUACAAAGGAGCAUUCAAUCAAGGAAGAUUGCUUUUUUUUAACAUUACCUUUCCCUCCUAAACCUUUGCACACCCCUAACUUUUCCCUGUUCUGGUGAAAGCAUUGGAUGCUGUCUUCCACCUCUCCCCAUGCAUUUGUUUCACCAAAACUUUGGCAUGCCCCCCCGAAAGAAAUCUCUCCCAGCCUCCUCACUUUUUGAGUUGUUUGUUCCCCUCUUCUCUCUGGCUCUCUCUGGCCAUUGUCUUUCAACCAGCAGCUGGUUGCCUAGGGCAUCCCCUAAGGAGGGGGAUCCCCCUCUCCUUGUGGCCAGAUCUAUUGUUAAACUUCUGGCCUUUGGCCUGGGAGGGCAGUCCUAAGGCAGUGGUCCUUCCUCAAGGUGUGAGCUGAUGUUACUCAAACCCACUGGUCAGCAUCAGUGAUGCUGAGAAAAUCCCUGAUGUUGGUUGGGUCCACGUGGUGAGGUCAAGAGGGCUAUUUAAGAGGGUCCCUCCAGGACGAAGGCAGGAUGGCAUCUUUAAGACACACACGCAGAAGCAUGGACCUCCGCAACUCGCUCAUCCUCUGGAUGCGGAAGUGAGUAACGUACUAGAAACCUAACUAGGAACUUAGUGUAACGUACCCUACCCACGUACCAAAAGGAUACCAAGCAGCUUUUGUUUGCUCAGGGUUAUUCUUUUGCUAUUUCAAUGACUUGUACCCCUCCCCAUGCCUACCCUCGCUACCCAAUAAAGUUGUCU